CCCGACGGAGUCAAAGACGCGGUGGAAGUUCGAAGCUCGAAAUCCGCAUGAUCGGGUUCCUUAGAAUAAUUAAUUUUGCUGAGAGUGGUAAAUUUAUCCAAUGUAAACGCGUUCUACAAUGUGGGUUUUCUGUUCGAACCGCCGAACUGGCAUUGGAAUGGUCGGCUCCGAUGGUCCAAGCCUUAGACUCUCAUACUUACGGCACAAUGCUCCGUCGCUGCAUUCAGCUAAACGACCCAAUUUCAGCAAAGGCCAUUCACUGCGAUGUCGUCAAGAAAGGCAGCUGCUUGGACCUUUUCGCUUCAAACAUUCUACUCGACGCCUAUGUUAAAGCUGGAUUCGCGAAUGAUGCGUUGAAGCUGUUCGACGAAAUGCCUGAGAGAAACAAUGUCUCGUAUGUUACUCUUAGUCAAGGGAAUGCUUGUGAAGAUCCCGUUGGUCUGUAUACCAGGUUGCAUAGAGAGGGUCAUGAGCUUAAUCCACACGUGUUCACUUCCUUCUUGAAGUGGUUCGUCAGUUCGGACAAAGCUGAGAUCGGUUGGUGGUUGCAUCCUCCUAUAGUUAAGCUCGGUUAUAGUUCCAAUGCCUUUGUCGGAGCUGCCCUUAUCAACGCUUACGCUGUAUGUGGUUUUGUUGAUUGCGCAAGAAGUGUUUUUGAAGGGAUUUUGUGCAAGGACAUUGUUGUUUGGACUGGAAUUGUAACUUGCUAUGUGGAGAAUUCCUUUUUCGAGGAUUCUCUUGAACUCUUAUCUUGUAUGGGGAUGGCUGGUUUCAUGCCUAACAACUACACCUUUGCAAUGGCGCUUAAGGCUAGUAUUGGGCUAUGCGCAUUUGAUUUCGCCAAGGGUGUUCAUGCACGGAUCCUCAAAACAUGUUACGAGUUGGAUCCUCAUGUGGGUGUUGGUUUGCUUCAGUUGUAUACACAACUUGGAGACAUGUCUGAUGCUCUCAGAGUAUUCAAUGAGGUGCCAAAGAACGAUGUGAUACCAUGGAGUUUUAUGAUUGCUCGUUUUGGUCAAAACGGUUUUUGCAAUGAGGCGGUUGAUCUGUUUAUUCGAAUGAGACAAGCUUUCGUUGUCCCUAACGAGUUUACUUUUACCAGUACUUUGAACGCGUGUGCCAUCGGAAAGUGUUAUGGCUUAGGCAAGCAAAUUCAUGGCCUUGUGGUGAAAGCUGGCUUUGAUUUGGAAGUCUAUGUCUCAAAUGCUCUUAUCGAUGUAUACACCAAAUGUGAGAGAAUGGAUACCGCUGUGAAAUUGUUUGCUGAGUUAUCAAGUAGAAAUGAGGUAAGCUGGAACACAAUCAUUGUCGGGUAUGAGAAUCUUGGUGAGGGAGAAGAAGCGUUAAGCAUGUUUCGUGAAGCGCUCAGAAAUCAGGUUUCAGUAACUGAAGUAACUUGCUCAAGUGCUAUAUCAGCUUGUGCUUCUCUGGCGAGCAUGGAGCUCGGUAGCCAAGUUCAUGGGCUGGCAAUAAAAACUGGUAAUGCCGAGAAAGUUGCAGUGAGCAACUCGCUGAUAGAUAUGUAUGCAAAAUGUGGUGAUAUCAAAGACGCACAAUCUGUGUUCAACAAGAUUAAAACAAAAGACGUACCUUCAUGGAAUGCAUUGAUCUCAGGCUAUUCCACACAUGGACUGACUAGAGAGGCAUUACGAAUCUUCGACAUUAUGAAGGAUUGCGAUUACAAGCCAAAUGGGUUAACAUUUCUAAGUGUUCUUUCUGGAUGCAGCAAUGCAGGAUUAGUAGAUGAAGGUCAAGAUUGUUUUGAGUCGAUGAUUCGAGAUCAUGGUAUUGAACCGUGUUUGGAACAUUAUACGUGUAUGGUCAGGCUUUUGGGAAGAUCAGGGCGGCUUGAGAAGGCAAUGGAACUGAUUCAAGGGAUUCCAUAUGAGCCUAGCGUUAUGAUCUGGCGGGCAAUGCUUAGUGCCUCGUGUGUUCAGAACAAUGUAGAGUUUGCAAAGAGAUCAGCAGAGGAAGUACUAAAGAUCAAUCCAAAGGACGAGGCGACAUACGUUCUAUUAUCAAACAUGUACGCAGGUGCAAAACAAUGGGCAGAUGUAGCGUCCACUAGAAGAAGCAUGAAGGAAAAGGGUGUAAAAAAGGAACCUGGUUUAAGUUGGAUAGAACAUCAAGGAAAUGUACAUUACUUCAGUGUGGGGAAGUUAUCUAAUCACCCGGAUAUAAAGCUCAUAAAUGGAAUGCUGGAAUGGCUUAACAUGAAAGCAAAGCGAGCCGGUUAUGUUCCUGAUCGAAAUGCGGUUCUGCACGAUAUGGACGAUGAAGAAAAGGAUAAGAGAUUGUGGGUUCACAGCGAGAGGUUGGCUUUGGCAUUUGCGCUUGUUCGAAUGCCCUCAUCACGAAAUCGCAUAUUGAUCAUCAAGAAUCUACGGAUUUGCUCGGAUUGCCACAGUGCUAUGAAAGUGAUAUCAAAUAUCGUGCAGCGAGAUCUUGUCAUCCGAGAUAUGAAUCGGUUCCAUCAUUUUCGUGCAGGAAUUUGCUCUUGCGGUGAUCACUGGUGAACUGAAGGAUACGAUAACAUGAACACAAAUCUUAACAUUUUUGUCUCUUCAUUUAGGGGC